AUGUCAUUGCUCCACUUUUUGGCUGUAGGACUGUUUCAAAUAAAAUUAAUGAGAUUAUUUAUUUACAUGGCAUUAAUUUCAAACUGGCUGGCCUUUUUAAUUGGACUAUAUCAAUUUAUGAUGGAUGCAGAAUCAGUGUACAUAAUUCAAUACGGUCCUAUAAUUUCGGGCUCCAUUUACGUCCUAGCAUCUCUUUGCGGAAUCCUUUUUAUGAGAGAUGCAGAAAAGUUUCAACACGAGUUCGACUUCUGGAGUGAACAUAAUGCAAACAAAGAAACCCAAAUUGCCAUUAAGCAACACAUCUAUUCAGUUAACGUUUACGUAAUUUUAAAUACUGUACUAGCAUUUGUAGCUGGUACAAGUCUAAUUCUGCCAAAUAAAGAUGAAAGUCACUAUCACUAUGCUAUAAAAAUACUAAUGGAAAUGGAGAUAAUAAUUCCUCGAAAAAUAAUUCGAUGUUUGUACUACCUCUACAAAGUAGAUUUUGUCCUGAUGUUUCCACUGAUGACUGUGAAUUCUCUUCGAGCACUUUAUUUUAGCAGAAAAUUUAAAUUUCAAGUAAAAUUACUAGUAGAGCGUAUUAAAGAAAUGACAAAAAAUUACAACGUGGAUGAUCCUAAUUUAUUUUACAAUGUCCGAUAUCAAGAUGAGAUGAAACAAAAGCUCAAAUUAUUUAUUCGUCGGCAUUCAUAUAUUGCGCAGUAUGUCGCAAAAAUAAAUAAAUCUAUUGGACCAUUUAUCGUCAUGUAUGCCAUAUCGGCAACAUUAUUAGGAAUCUGUGUAUUGCUCAUCGCUGCAACUGGCACAAUUUACUACAGUACAUAUCAAAUAAUUUUGAGUGGUGCAAUUUAUCUCAGCACCCUCUUUUGUGCUAUUGAUGCCAGUGAAACUGUCGAAAUAGAGAGUGCUGAAAUUUACAAUACAAUACUGGUUCAAUCGUGGUACACUUGGAAUAACGAGAAUAGAACAAUAUUCAUAAUUUUUCUAAUGAACUGCGAAAAACCGAUACAAAUCACGAAAUUUAGCGACACAUUCUACGUCAAUUACAAUUGGGGAAUUUCUGUAUUAAAAAAAAUCUACUCGUUGGGAUCAGUGUUUUUCAAUUUGCGUGGAUAUAUUGACAAGUAA